AGAAUGCUCCUAGUAGGCGUAACUAUAGUGACUUCAAUUGGGGACUACAGUUCACGUCGAACAUGUCCGAAGACAGCCGGAAACUAAGAAUAACUGUAGUGACUGGUGAUCGUUUUGGUGCCGGUACGGACGCCAACGUUUGGGUAACAGUUUACGAUCAUCAAGGUAACGAGACAGCGAAGAUAAAACUGGACAACUGGGGCAAUGACCUGGAACAAGGUGCAACAGAUGUUUACGAGGUAGCGGUGAGUCAGAGCUUCAGUCGCCCGGCAAAAAUUAAACUGCGGCGAGACACAUACGGCCUUGCCGAUAGCUGGUUCUUAGACAGAAUCGAAAUUUGCGAUUCAGACACCUCUAACGGAAGAGUUAGCUAUUUUCCCGUACACAGAUGGAUAGCACCAUUUACGAACCACCUGUUUUACGAGUUCGACAGCCACCUUCCACAAGAUGACCCUAAUAAGCAACGGCGUGAUCUGGAGCUGGAAGAGAAGAGGAGAGACUAUCAGAUAGCAGUGCACGUCGAGGAUGGACCUGCCCAAAAAAAUAAAAUCCUGAAACAGAUACUCUCGUCAGAAAACGCAGCUGUCAUUAAUACAGCAAGAUUCUCUAGUACUGUUUUAAAACAAGUUCCCUUGUUAGACAUCGUAAUCAGUAAGACAUCCUUGCUAAUCAGAUCAAAACUGAUAGAUCUGAGAACUCCUGACAAAUGGACAACAUUAGAAGAUCUUAAAAGCAUUUACCAACUUUGUCUCGAGAAGCCAAAGUGUAUCGAAUACUGGCGUGAAGACUGGUGGUUCGGUCUACAGCGACUUCAGGGCUGUAACCCAGUUAUGAUUAAACUCUGUACUGAAAUACCCCUCAAACUUGGUGUAGAAUCCACUGCGAUCGAACCCUUUCUGGAAGGCAUGACACUAGCAGAAGCUCUAGCAAAGAAAAGAAUAUUUAUUAUUGACUACUGGAUACUUAAGGACAUCCCUUGUAAAGAUGACCAAACUCUACCAGCACCUAUUGCUCUUUUCUACAUGAAUAAAUCCAAUGUGCUCUUGCCAAUAGCAAUUCAACUGUUUCAACAGAAAGGGCCUGACAAUCCGGUUUUUCUCUGCGGUGAUCAUCGGGAGGUUUGGCUUCUUGCCAAGAUGUUUUUUAACAAUGCUGACGCGUCAUAUCAUCAGUCUUGCACACAUUUAGGGUUUACCCAUCUACUGAUGGAAGGAGUGGCUCUUUGUACUCAACGAAACUUGUCACCAUCUCACCCCCUGUUCCGACUCCUGGCUCCCCACUUUAGGUUUCUGAUGGCCAUUAACGCACGUGGGCUGAAAUUCUUGGUGGCUCCAGGAGGUUGGGUGGACAAAACUAUGACCAUUGGGUGUAAGGGCAUGUUUGAGAUCAUGAGAAGAGGGCUCAGAAACUGGAGGAUGGAUCGGAAUGGUGUCCUUCCGAAUGAGUUGAAAUCGAGAGGUGUAAACCAGCCCGACGUCCUGCCUAAUUAUCCCUACAGAGAUGACGCUCUAGCAAUCUAUUAUGCAAUUCACAGAUAUGUAUCGAAAAUCGUAAAGUAUUACUAUGAUUCACCUGAGAAAAUACAGCAAGACAGUGAACUCCAACAAUGGAGAGCCGAACUGGUUAAAGACAGAAAGAAUGGAGGAAUUGGACUUCUGGGUGUACCAGGGCGGUUUGGAAUGUUCAGAACCGCGGAGGAGGUGGUGGACACUAUGACAGUAAUAAUCACAACCUGCAGUGUAGGACAUUCCGCAGCUAACUUUCAACAAUAUGAAGAAUACAGUUUUCCUCCGAAUUAUCCAGGCAUGUUGGUUGGUGAAAUACCUCGUGAUAAGGUCCCAAGAAAUAUCGUGUCGUAUGUUCCAAGCAAGGACAUUACACUUGACACUAUGGUCAUCACCAAAUUGUUGAGUUCUGGUGGCACAAAACCUCUGGGACAUUUUGAGGUGCAGUAUCUAUUUGACCCUGUCAGCGUUCGAGCAGCCGAAGAGUUUCGCCAAGAACUUCACGAAAUUCAUGAACAAAUAAAUAGAAGAUGUGAAUCCCAGGAUUUUCCUUAUCCUUGGUUGGAUCCUUCCAUUGUGCCCAACUCAAUUAGUAUUUAGUGUCCCUACUCCUGAAACUGGUCUUUAGUAUCAGUGUUCCUACUCCUGAAACUGGUCUUUAGUAUUAGUGUUCCUACUCGUGAAACUGGUCUUUAGUAUUAGUGUUCCUACUCGUGAAACUGGUAUUUAGUAUCAGUGUUCUUACUCCUGAAACUGAUCUUUAGUAUUAGUGUUCCUACUCCUGAAACUGGUCUUUAGUAUCAGUGUUUCUACUCCUGAAACUGGUCUUUAGUAUUUAGUGUUCCUACUCCUGAAACUGGUAUUUAGUAUUAGUGUUCCUACUCCUGAAACUGGUCUUUAGUAUUUAGUGUCCCUACUCCUGAAACUGGUCUUUAGUAUUUAGUAUCCCUACUCCUGAAGCUGGUCUUUAGUAUUUAGUGUUCCUUCUCCUGAAACUGGUCUUUAGUAUAUAGUGUCCCUACUCCUGAAACUGGUAUUUAGUGUCCCUAGUCCUGAAAGUAGAUCUUCGAUAUCUAAUAAAGUACACAUACAGAGAGAGAAACAUGUUGCUCUUCACGUGUCAAAAGUCAACCAGUUAAAACUUUUUUGUUAUAAAUCCCUGUUGAUUUUUUUAGUUAAUAUCACUUUCGUUCACCUGUACAUACGUUGUUACUGAAGAUAACGAGGUCAUUACGAAUACAUUAUUUUCCAAACUUAUUCAAUCGAACUGAAUAACAAGUACUAUAUUGAGAUACUGAUGGGUUUUUUUUUUGGCUUAAGAGCAUCAAUACCAUUAACUUAACAUUUUUGUGAUACAUCUUGAACUUUAUCUCACGAUAUUAUUGGUUUUCUUAGUGUAAUAUUUUAUUUUAGAAUCAUGUAGACUUAGACGUUUUCAAACUGUGAUCCAUCAAAUUAAUAUUGUUACCAACUGUCUUCCUAAAAAUCAACAGUUUCGUGUCCAAGCUGUUUAUUACUGACGAAAAGAAAGUUUGUUUUUAUCUUAUGUUUUUGUUGAAAGUGUGUUGUGGUUACCACUUUAAUGUGUUAUUGUAUUUCUCUUAAUUAGUUUCAAAAACGAAUGAUUGCGUAGAUCCACAUUAUAGGUUCUACGUUCAUGUAAAAAUAAACAGACGUUUUCUUGUGACUUCUCAUAUAGUAAUGAAGAACAGAUUUAUGCAGUCUGGGGAUAAUAUUUGUUAUAUGUUGAAAAUAAAGACAUCAAUUUGGAUGAUCAUUUUUACGUCAUAGGAACUUUACAUAAAUUAGGCUUAAAUAUGAAAAGUUUACAUGGGAAACUACUAGAACUUUCGAGUAGGGUUGCCACUGUCCGAAACGUCAUAAUUAAAAAAGUAAAUAAAACAUAUUUUCAAUUUAUUUUCGAAACUCUUUAACAAACGCACUUGGUAUGUAAAUUGUAUUAUUAUCUACGUGUAUUUUGUUGUUGUUGUUGUUGUGUAAAAAUAUUUUGUAGAUGCUGUUUUAAUUUUAGAAAAAAAAUAUUUGUUCACUGACUUUUGUACAGACGA